AUGCGUGUACUCAGAUUCAUGGAUUUCCUCCCUAUUAUUCAACAGACACCGGAAUUUCUUCGGAAGACAGGGUACCAGAACCCCGAGGAUCCAAAUGAUGGGCCCUUCCAGCAUGCCUAUAAAACGGAUUUGACAUGCUGGAACUGGUUAGCCCAGAAUCCGUCGGUACUGAGCCGCUUUAAUACCUACAUGGAAGGUCAUAGAGCAAAUUGCCCGUACUGGACCAGCUGGUUCCCCGUUGAGCGUCUAUUAUUGGAUGGAGAGAGGACUGACGGUCGUACCUUGCUAGUAGAUAUUGCCGGGGGCCGUGGCCAUGAUUUGAUGGAGUUUAGGCAGAGAUUCCCCGAUGCCCAUGGGGACCUAGUCCUUGAAGAUCUACCGGCUGUCAUCGAGGAUAUCCAAAUUCUGGAUGAAGAUAUCAAGCGAGUCAAGCAUGACUUCUUUCAACCUCAACCAGUUAAAGGCGAGCUCCUUUUCACCACUCCUUUCCGCGACAAUACGUCUCUAACUAAGUUGAUUCUUGGACACAUUGCUGCUGCCAUGGAGGAGGGAUACUCUAAGCUCUUAAUUGAGGAACAUAUCCUUCCGGACCAAAACGCCCGGUAUCUGGAAACCAUGCUGGACAUGAUGGUGAUGGUAUGGUGUGCAGGCAAUGAGCGCACCCGCGAAGGGUGGACUAAGCUGCUUGACUCUGUUGGUUUGGAGGUUAAAAAGUUCUGGUUACCAGACGGGCUGGGUGAGGGAAUUAUUGAAGCAGAGCUAAAGCAGAAGCCAAAAAGCCUGACAUACAAUGUCACUGCAAAGGACACGCAACCAAUUGUGUACAGCCAUAUCAAUGGAACCCAUGAUGAAAUACUUGAUCGGUUCCUAGUGUCAGAAUUGUGCAAAGGCUGGCCUCUAUACCGCGAUGCGUCUGAGUGGAGCAACUAUCGGGAUUUAUUCGUUGAGAACGAGGGAUAUGUGUGGACGACAUGGAGUGGUGGUCUCAGUGUGGAUGAAUUCAUCAGGGUAUCCAAAGAAGGCCGCGAACGUGGCGACUUCAUCAUGCACCGCGAGAAUAGCACGCUUGUUGACCUGAACCCGAAAGAGCAGCGGGCUGUAGGAAAGAUGAAAGCGACCAUCACCCAACGAUUCAAUAUUCAGGGUUGCUCUGUGGAUAUUGAAUGCGACUGCCGCUUCCAUUUCUUCUGCAAAAAGGUCCCAUCGAAAUCCGGUGAUUUGGAAUGGAAGACACAGUAUGUCAAAUUGAUAUAUGAGAAGGACAAGGUUAUCCCAGUCGAUGGCCGGUCUGUGCCCACAUUCGACAGUACUCAGCUCAAACGGUACCCGGAAGGAUAUCAAUACCUUGGGCUUGCGCAAUCGACACUGGGGCACGAAAUCCUGCCUGGACUUCCGACCCUGAAUAAUGACGCCUUUUUUGAGAUGUACGACGCUAUCAAUCUGUGGCUUCAAGGUAAUGAAAUUGGGAGGCUGCUUGGAGUCCCUGCCACGAGAGCACCAUGA